CAGAGUGGAUGGGACACAGCAGAAGUACGCGGACAGUUCUGUGGUGUCACUGGUGGAGACCGGACAGCUUAUUUGCCUGUCCACAGUCCGACCGGCUGUGAGAGAGGAGGAGGGCAGCAGAAGGAAAACGGAGCUCCUGUCCGUCCCGCAGCUUCAGCACCGCAGGGAGGAGAAACGCAGAGGAGGAAAAAUUCCCCGAAAGGCAGAGAGAGCGUCGGAUGAGGAGAAGAGGAGAGCGGAGGGCAUUGGAUAACAGCAAGGAUGGCAGCUCCAGACUUAUUGGAUCCUAAAUCCGCCACUCAAAACACCAAGCCCCGCCUCUCCUUCUCCACAAAGCCAAUCACAAUGACUCCCCGAGAGGAGAGUGAGGUGGUUGCCACAGUGAUGAAAAGGAAGACGGUGACAGCCCUCUUUCUUUUGGUGGUUCUGUACCUGGUGAUGGGAGCAGAAGUCUUCAGAUCUCUGGAGAAGCCUCAUGAGAGUGCCCAGCGUCUGUCCAUCCUGUCCCAGAAGCUGGAGUUUCUGUCCAGACACUCCUGUGUGAACCACAGUGAAAUGGAGGAGCUGGUGAAGAAUAUAGUGACUGCAAUGCGUUCAGGAGUAAACCCUGCAGGACCUCUGACCAACCACAGCAGCAUGUGGGACCGGAGCUCCGCCUUCUUCUUUGCUGGGACUGUCAUCACAACGAUUGGUUUUGGGAACAUCUCUCCACACACUGAAGGUGGAAGAAUCUUCUGCAUUGUCUAUGCUUUAUUAGGGAUACCUCUGUUUGGUUUUCUUUUGGCUGGUGUUGGGGAUCAGCUCGGCACCAUAUUUGGCAAAGGAAUUGCCAGAGUGGAGAAGAUGUUUGUGCACUGGGACAUCAGUCAGACGAAGAUCCGAGUCAUAUCCACGCUACUGUUCGUGCUGUUUGGCUGCCUACUGUUUGUGGCGCUCCCGGCGGCCAUCUUUAAACACAUCGAGGGCUGGUCUGCACUCGAAGCCCUUUACUUUGUGGUCAUCACCCUGACUACCAUCGGGUUUGGGGACUUUGUAGCAGGUGGGUCGGACAUAGAGUAUCUGGACUACUAUAAACCUGUAGUGUGGUUCUGGAUUCUGGUGGGGCUGGCCUACUUUGCUGCCAUCCUCAGCAUGAUUGGAGACUGGCUGAGAGUCAUCUCUAAGAGGACAAAAGAAGAGGUCGGAGAGAUCCGUGCUCAUGCGGCUGAGUGGACAGCGAACGUCUCAGCAGAGUUCAAAGAAACACGCAGACGUGUCAGCAUCGAGAUCUACGAUAAGUUCCAACGUGCCGCAUCAAUUAAACGCAAACUGUCCACUGAUCUGGGGUUCAGUCCUGCUACGGAGCUCUCGGUGGCCAAGAGGACCAUGUCGGGCAACUUUAACGAUGAGAGGAACGAGAAGGAGGUCGGACAGCAGGGUUUGACAACACCUCUGGCAAGAAACGGCAGUCUGCUCAUGAAUGGUGUGGAUGUAGAAAGAGGAGAUAUCUCAAUCAUUGAACACCUGAAGUAAAGAGACGCUCAUACUGGCUUCAUUAUUGAUAUCCAUGAGACCACAGCUGUUCCUUUUAACUGAACAAACCACUUUAAUUCAUAAGUCAAGUACUAAUGAGAAUCUGGAGAGCGGUCAAAGCCUUUUUUCAAGAACAUUUCAGUGUAUUUUUAUAACAUCACAAAUCUUUUUUCUCUGAGUCAAAGAGCGACAAGAAAAACAAGCUUCAAAUAUCUUUAUGAAUGGAAAGAUUUUUGGGAUGAAAUUGCUCAAUGAUGUAGUUAUCCAUACUGAAAUGCAUCAUAUUUACUACUAUACAACACAUCUAUUUCGUAUUUUACAACCUAAUAGUGAAAAAGUCAGGAGGACAAGUCAAUUUUUAAAGACUUUACAAGACUGACAAUCACAGAAGACUGUUAUCUGAAACAGAAGUUGAGCUCUUUAAACAGUGAAAUGUAGACGACAUGACACUAGAAUGUAAACAUGAUCUCAACCACAAAGAUAGAUGUGAUAUUGUUUGGAUUUCAGACCUGAAGACACUGUUUUUACUGUAUUUAUCAUGGCCUUUAGACUUCACCUGUUCAGUGGUCAGGUUACAACUUUAAAAUUGUAAUACAGUAAAAUAGCAGUGGUUGUUAUUUUUGUGCAUAUUUUCACUCCAAACAUUGAUCUGGAAAGGAAAUUCACUAAUUGUCCUCUUUCUGAUUUUUUUUUUUUUUUUUUUUUUUUGCCACCAGCUUUUCUCAGUUUUAGACAAAUGACAGAAAGUGCAUGUGAUCCAAACAUCAUCUGCAUCUACUUCAGGAUAUAUUUUUUCUUUAUCAGUGCAUCGAGUGGCACUUUUUGUUGAACCAUUGCUGUGCCUUAAACUUUUUACUUUACCAAACCAGGCCAAGCAAAGCACAGUAUAUUUUCACAGUUUAUUUGUGCCAAAAUAAUGUACCUGCUUCAGUGGUUUUAAUAGAACACCACAGGCUUUACUGUUCAUCUGUUUGGGCUUCUAGAAACAAAAAUCAAACAAACAAAAAAACAAAAAUAAAUGAUGGCUGUUCUGUCUCAUAAUACAUUUCUUUUUUUUUGGCACAUUAAACCUCAGAGUUACGGCUAAUGUUUGAUCCAUGUUUGUACGGCAUCAGGUCUGUUGUUGGGUGAGGUCAAGGGCAUCACAGAUGGACUGUCCACUACUUUUGGAUUCAUAAUUUUUGAACCAGACAAGAUUAAGACAAAUAUUACACAUGAUUGGAAAGGUCUAAAUGCCAUUUUAAACAUACUCAAAGGGCAAAAUUUUGUUUUAAAUAUUU